GUUCGAGUUAGUCGGAUUUAGCUCUUUUGCGUUUGGAGGAAGAAUUUGUAUUCAGAAAAAAUUUACACAGUCACCUGCCGGCAAACUAAUUGUUGAUUACUCUAAAGACAAUGUUUAGAAACCAGUAUGACAAUGAUGUCACAGUAUGGAGUCCACAGGGUCGAAUUCAUCAACUGGAGUAUGCCAUGGAAGCUGUAAAGCAAGGAUCUGCUACUGUUGGUCUGAAGUCUAAAACACAUGCAAUCCUUGUGGCCUUAAAGAGAGCAUCUUCAGAGUUAGCAGCACAUCAGAAGAAAAUUAUCCCCAUUGAUGACCAUGUAGGAGUGUCCAUAGCCGGACUAACAGCUGAUGCUCGUCUCCUCAGUAACUUUAUGAGGUCGGAAUGUUUAAACUCUAGAUACGCUUACGAUUCACCAUUACCUGUCUCCCGUCUUGUAGCAGCAGUUGGAAACAAAUCACAAAUCCCUACACAGAGGUACGGGCGACGCCCCUUUGGAGUGGGUUUACUGGUUGCAGGUUAUGACGACCAAGGACCACACAUUUACCAGACUUGUCCAUCGGCAAACUACUAUGACUGUAAAGCCAUGGCUAUAGGUGCUCGAUCACAGUCAGCGAGGACAUAUGUAGAAAAACACCUCGACAAAUUCUCCGAAUGUUCUUUAGAGGAGUUGAUCAAACAUGGACUGAGAGCUCUGAGAGAAACCUUACCACAGGAGGUGGAGCUAACAACAAAGAACUGCUCUCUGGGAAUUGUUGGUAAAGAGACAGACUUUACUAUUUAUGAUGAUGAAGAUGUACAAAAAUAUUUGGCAAUGAUUGAGGGAGAAGAAAGAUCUCGUGCCCCGCCCCCGUCAGGAGCUGAUCAGGCUGCCAUGGACACACAGGAAGGGGAGGGACAACAGCCUGCUGACCCCCAGCCAGCUGAUCCCGCCGUAGAGGAACAGGGAAUGGAACACUGACCUUGACAUACAUUCUAAUGUCUUCACACAUAUGUCACUUCUCUGUUAAAAAAUAGUGCUAUCAUCUGGUCCCAAAAUUUCAUAGACUGUUGAAGAAGACUGUAAAAAUACUUUGUAUAUCUAUCCAUUAAACUAUGUCAAAAAAAUU